AAAGGAAGCAAAUAUUAUUUUAAAUUGUUUGGUGUUGGCAAGUUAAAAAAUAAAAAAGAAAAUAAUUAUGAAUUGUUAAAACAUAACGUAGGCCUUGUAAAAAAAGAAAAUUGAAGUUUAAUGUGCAAAAAAGUUUUUAUUAAUAGAACAAACAACUUUUAGACAGAAAUAAGCAAAAAAAAAUAUGAGGUCUGAGUGAUUUAAUGAUUUAUUAAAAAAAAAACACGUGACAUAUACCAAAAACAGCAACAAAAAGCGUAAAUUUAACAUGAAAAUACACUACCAUUAUUGUAAACAAAAACAAAAUAUAUCAAAACAACAAAUGGAAGUGGCAGAUGCAUAUUUUUAUUAGUGAAAAGGGAGUUAAAAUAGGAAGUGUUUAAAUACCUAAGAAGAUACAUACAUAAGUAUAUGAAAUAAAUAUAUAAAUGCCUACCAUAAUCUUAAAUUAAAAGUUAUAACAAAAACAAAUUGAUUAAUUGCAUUAUUUAAAACUCUACUAUAGAAUGUUCCACAGUUAUUUGAAAAAUAUCAAAGAUAUAAAAGUGUUAUAAAGUAAAAUAAUCAAUAUAAAGCAGAAAAGAAAAUUGCAAAUAAUUGCUUUGUAAUUAAAUAAAAAGAAAAAUUGCACUUUCUCACAUGCAAUACAUACAAUUAGUAUGAAUAAAAAAAUCAAUUGCAAAUAUUCAAAGAAAUAAAUUUCAUAAUGGGUUAAAAAAGAAGAAGAAUAAGCGAGAUAGAUAUAUAAAUAGUUGGUUGGAUGGAUGAAGAAAAAAAAAUAAUAAAAUAAAGAAAAAAGAAUGAAAUAAGGAAAAAUGAAAAAAUAAAGGUUAAAGUGCUUAUUUAUGUAAACAAAAUAACAGUGCUUUUUGUGUUGUGUGAAAAUUAUUUCUUCUAUUAGACAAAUAUUUGUACAACAUUCCGCUUAAAUACUAUAAAAAAAAUAAAUAAAUAUAAACAAAAACCGGUUGAAAAUAUGUUGAUGUUACUAAAGACGCUGUUUAAACAGAUUUUUAAAGAAAGUUGUUAAAAAACGCAAAGUUAUAAAAUAAUUUACACACUAAAGCAGAUAUUAUAAAGAGCAACAACACAAAACGACAACUUCAAUUAAAACAAUCAGCCAGCAAAUACUACAAACAAUUUUACCAACACCGUUACCAUUCACACUAUUAUGGCCUUGUUGAAUAAACUAUUUUUUCCAUCAUCAUCAAACUCAACAACUCCGGCGACAGCUGCUGCAUUAGCAACAACAUCUUCGUCUUCUUUGUUAACACAUCAAAGUCAAACAAACACCUUGUCACGUACAUCUUCAUUGGCGAGUAUUUUAUCGUCAAGUAGUGGCGCUGCUACGGCGACGCCGGCUGUUACUGCUGCCGCUUCAACAUCAUCACUGUCUUCACAACGCAAUAUUGCUGCUGGUGGCGGUAAAUGUGGCGGUGGAAUCAAUAAAAAAUCUAAUUAUAAUCAAACAACACAUUCAAAAAAUUAUUUAAGUCAGUUUCCCUUUGAUGGAAGUCAAGUACGAAUAUUGGUUUACCGAGAGUGCGAUUCUCGAGGGAGACGUUUACUAUUCGACUCGAAUGCAUUGGAAAAAGUUUAUUUAAAAGAAGAUAAUGGCAAUAUAAGCCACAGCAGCAGACAUAAUGUGAAAUCAACAACGACGGGACAUGGUGCUGCAAAUGCAACAAUUAAUCACAAUAACAAUAAUCACAAAGAAAUUUUGGAUUUUAAUAAUAAACAACAACAGCAAACAACCAACAAAGGACAUUCCAAUGGAAGUUUUAUUGAAGUGUGUGAGGAAUAUGGUUACAAGCACAAUCGCCCAAAUUCUGCGGAUAUUUCCAGUGUGGGCGAAAUGGUGUUUGGUGCUUUGGCCAUGUCAUUUCGUGGGACCUCCUUGAAAGUUCAUUGGUUGAAUGGGCCUUGUAGACUUCUAUGUUCUCAGGUCUUUUUAACACCCAUCAAACAAACCAGUGGUCAUUCGCCAUAUUCCACGUUGUCAACUAACAGUCUUGCGACGCCGCGCACCUCUAUAUGUAGUGAACACGGUUCUAUAGAUGGUGUAUCUAUGAAUUCCUUUUCUCUACCAUUUUCAGUUGGUAUUGGCCGCCACAUUAGUUUGACUCCCAGUGAUCUCAGUUCUUCGGUUGUAUCCUCGCCGCUGGAUGUGCCCUCAAUAGAUCAGCAAUCACUGCUUACGAAUAGUGAAAGUGCUGCCGACAGUGGACCACGCUUUUCCUCCACUUAUAGUACGGGCAAUGAUUCCGGCUAUUCCGCCUUGAGUCGUGGUCAAUUGUCCAGCGAUCAGUGGUCCGCAUCUUAUCAGUAUUCUACCCGCAGUAGUUUAGGUUCCGUGACAUCGGAAUCGGAACGUGUAAGAAAGUUUAGUGUGGAUUCAAAUUUUUUUGGUGGCAGCAGUCCUGGCAGUAGCCAGCUUUUGGAACUGUCUAGCGAUGGGAGUUUGCAAAGACGUAUAUCACGCAACAUGAUGACAUCAUUUGAAAAUGAAAACUCUAUGAAUGACUUGAUAGGUUUUGUCACGGAUAACUACACCAACGCUGCAACCACCACUCAUGGUGGAAGCGAAGGCAUGAAUUUGGCUGUAAAUAAUCCGCGUGCUAAUUAUUGUCCUAGCGAAUCGCGCAGCAAUCCUGAAAUGGGUAAGAGACGGGAAAAUGCCCAUACCAUGAAGUCAAACUCACGAAGAGCCCGUCUAGGGCUGGCCGUGUGUGUAACAAUGAGUGAAUCUUUUGAAGAGGAAAUGGAGUUGUUCUGCAGCGAACACAUAGCUCUACUGGAGAGCAUGUUAAGUCGUCUAAGGGCCAGCACCGAGAGGGCCUACAUACAUCACAAUCAAUUUUUGCAAAUAAUGUUUCAAAUAUGGCAAGAUACUCAACAGUGGUUUUUGGAUUUAUUUACUGCACCUCGAAUAAAGUGUCCUGUAUGGUUAAGCAUUACCACUAGUGGUAGCAAAUACUCGAAAAAUGUAGCGGAGCGUUUUAUUAAGGAAUUGUGUUGGCUGCUGUCAUUUGCCGAUACCAAAGAUACAAAUUUUUUUGUUAGCACCAUGUUAACUGCUAUACUUACUCAUCAUUUAGGUUGGGUACCUACAGUUUCGCCCUUUAAUUCAUCAUCUUCUACAGCUGCCAUUGAACAAAGGGCAAAACUUCUAAAGGUUUCACAAAAACAUCCCUACAAUGCCUUAUGGGCCCAACUGGGCGAUUUGUUUGGCGCCAUAGGAUUACCCUCAAAACUUGCGCGCACCGUUAUUUAUGGCACCGAAAAGCUAUCUAUUGAAAGACUGUUAAAUGUACUCACCUACUUUAUAAGAUGUGGCGAAGUCAGGCGAUCGUCCAAAAAGGAGGAUUUCAACAAAGAGAGAUUAAAUGAUAUUGUGGCACAAAACAAAAAUGAGCCAUUGAAGAAAUCGAGUUUAUAUGCUAGAAAAGGCUCGGUGUUUGUGCAAAAUCGAUCAGAAGGUAUUCUAACACGCACGCCAACAUGUAAACAAAAUCUUAGUUCAAUUGUCGGUGGAAAUAAUGACGAAAUGUUGGAAAGAGAUGAAGACGAAGAUGAUGAAGAAUAUGAAUACGAUAACCAAUUGACUGACGAGGCAAUAAGAACUUAUAAAAAGAACGAAAUUCCCACAGUACUGGCAUUUAGAGAUUCACGUUUUGUGCAGCAAGAAUUGCGUAUUGGUAAUUACCUUAUGGAUACAGGUAUUGAAAAGAACUCCAUACAACAGUAUCAACAAGCCAAACAAAAGGAUACGACAGGCAAUCGUCAAUCUGAAGGACGUAUACGUCUAACUCUAACCACACCCGAUAAUGUUGAACUGAUUGUUGAAGACACUCAUCUUGAUGAAGAUGGUGCUAUGGAGGCCAUAGAAAUUGAAUCAUUGCCAAAUGAACCAUCCUGUAAUUUAAAACGCCCCGAUAAUAAAAAUUUGGUGAGAAAAAAGCCAUUCUUUUGGGGCAUGACCUCUUCAACAGUCAAAGAAGGUUUAAGUUUAAAUGAUUUAAACAAAUUGCAACAACAGUGCUUCAACAAAAGCAAACAGGAGCAAUUAGUGCAACAACAGCAGCAACAAAAGAAAAAAUCUCAACAGCUCUCUCUAUCAGAUCUCAUUACCCAGAACAGUAUGGGUAAAGGUGAACGCAUGACAUGGGGCAUUGAACCCGUCAAGGAGAACCUAUGCUUAGAAGAACAGAUUCACUUUGAGUUGUGUCAGAAAAACAUCGAACGUGAUCAUGGUAUUUGCAUGACAAAAGAUAAAAAAUCAACUAGUGCUGGUGGUGGCGGAGUAGUCUUCGUUUUGGGCGAUAAUGAGCCAUUAGUUAAUAUUAAGAAAAGCACCGAAGAUUUAACUCAGACAGAUCCCAAUGAAUCCUCUCCAUCGUUGAACGCACAAGACACAAAUAGCAAUCAAUUGUUGUGCCCUCUCCAUCAACGCAUGCACAAUACGGCUUCGAGCUCACAACAACAACAACAGCUGAGCAAAAAACAUUCCGGAGUCAAGUUCAAUUUUGAACAAUACCCACAAAUUGUGACCAACUACAUGAAAAGUAAGAAUUUGCUAAUGUCCAAUUAUGAUUUGUUAAUGGAUAAAUGUUCAAAACUCGAAUUACAAGGUGGAGGAGGAGUUGGUUUUAUAUCGACACAGCUCGACAAAUCAUCAACACCAACAUCGGCUCUGCAGACAACACAGACAAACAAAAAUACAUUCCCGCAAACAACAACGCUAACGAAUAAUGUCAACAACUGCAUGGUUUGCAAUGGUCUACUUAAUGCCUACCAAACUCCCUCCAAUGCUACGGAACUAGAGUUUGAGACAGACGAGGUGCAUAGCUUUACAAAUAACAACAACGUAAACACAACAGCACCCGCCUCAACAUCAUCGAUACCAACAGUCAGUUCUCAAACUUCAGUACAAACGCUCAUAUCAUCGACUUCUCAUGGUGGUUGCACUGGUCAGGAGGAUGCAUGCGAUGCUGCAAACAAUAAGGAUUCAAUUGGCAGUGGUUGUGGUUGUAAUCAGGAAGUUGAGGGAAACGAAUCAUCGAAUAUUAUAACAUCACCCAAAGAAGGUCGCAAGAAACAAUUCAAUACGAAUCAAAAGAAACCAUUAUCUCAGCGUGGUUCAGUCUCAUCGGUAGCAGCCAAAUGUGCAGCUGUUAACGAGGCAAUGCAUCUUUUGAAAUUGCCAAUACCAGGCAUAAAAGAAUUGCCACAAGAAGAUGAACCACCAGGCGAUAUGAAGUUGCCGGUCGGCUUUGUACCGUCAUUAUUUUUAAGUGUUAAUGAUCACUAUAUUCCUGAUAUGGUAUUACAGGGAACUCUUGCGUCACCUAAAAAAUGGGAGAUGAAUUUACGUGAAGAUCUAGCACUGGCUGCACAUUCUGCCUCUCUUAUAUCACUGCCCGUUGAAAACAUUGCCAUCAUAGCCGAUAUGGAAAAUUGGGACGUUAAACUGUUGUCGUCACAAUCUCAGCAUUUUCCCUAUGCCGGCGGACAGAGUGCUCCCGUAGGCAUGUCCCAAUUGGUCUCAACAAUGCUGGAAACUGUACAGACCAUGCACAAUGCUGGCAUCUCGGCUUAUGAGUGUUUAUCUUUUAUGGAAUCUAAAUUGCAAGAAAUCUAUUUACACUCCGAAACGUUGGCAGCAUUUCUAUUGGAAACAGAUUUCUGCCCUCUAAGUGCAGUUACAACAGCACUAAAUCUUUCGGAAAACGAUGUGCCACUAUUGCUAUCUAUUGCGUCCAUACAUACACCACAAAUAAGCAAGAAAUGUGGCAUAAGUUUUAGAUGACAACCACCACCACAACCACCGUCACAAGCACAACCAAAUCGAUUUACCAACAAAUGCCCAAAACAAACCUGAACGAGUAUUUUAUAAUCACACACACACAUUCAAAGUAAAUAAUAACAAACACAAUCUCAUCCCCAUGACAUCGCUAACCGACAUCAGAAUUUGUAAAUAAUGCAUUCAUAACAUUAUUAUCCUCAUUAUUGUUCACAUAGAAAUAUUUUGUAUUUUUCAUUUAGUUUUAUAAGUUAAACAAACAAACGACUUGAAAAUUAAUAAUUUCAUUUAACAAAAAUGUUCAUAUGUAUGUAGAUUCGUACAUUUAUGAACUGUAUAUAGUUAUUGAAUUAUAAUAUUUAUAAAUUGGUCAAAUAAUUUGUAAUAUUUAUGUAUGUAAGUAAUAAUCCUAAUCUUAGUUGUAAUUAGAUUUAAAUUAAAAUUAGUAUUAAUUUAUUUUGCAAACUGAAACACAGGAAUUUAACACAAUACGCAAAUAUUUAUAAGCAAUAUUUAUUAAAAAUUUUGUAAACAAAGAAUCAAAUCAAAUAUUAAAAAAAAUAAUUUUC